AUGACUCGAAUGCUUACUUUCCUGUUCUGUCUCACUUCCUUCACAUUUCUUUCCAUAGCCCGAGCUCAGGGCAGAGCUCCUCAUGGCUUAGUAUAUGAGAGCCCGGUGGCCUUCUCCCCAAUGGCAUAUGAUUUCUUCCAUCCAAGCACCCAGAAUCCUAAUGGCAAAGACCUAUGUGGUGAAUCAAAAUGCUCCCCCCUUCCCCUUGCAGCACAAGUGCAAUCUACUCCUGCACAAGAAAGCAAAUACUCCACGACGAUCCAGAAAGGUAACCACCGUGUCGGGGCUGGGGGAAUUCUGGGAAUUGUGUUUGGUAUCACAUUUGCUGUGUUUUUGGCAAUGGGAGUGUACUACGUACUACAUACCCGUCAAGCCAACGCAAACCGAGCUGUCUGCACAACCUAG